UCCUGCUCCGCGCGGAGCAUGGAGCUCCUACUGUAGACUUUCUGGAAAACAGCAGCAAAACAAAAUGUCGAUGGAAGACCCGUUUUUCGUCGUCAAGGGUGAGGUCCAGAAGGCUGUGAAUACAGCUCAGGGGCUGCACCAGAGAUGGAGCGAGCUCCUCCAGGAACCUGCUGGUGCUUCCAAGGAGGAGAUGGACUGGACCACCAACGAACUGAGGAACAGCCUGCGAUCUAUAGAGUGGGACCUAGAAGACCUUGAUGAAACUAUUAGUAUUGUGGAAUCAAACCCAAAGAAGUUCAAUCUGGAUGCAGCAGAGCUGUCUAAACGCAAAGCCUUCAUCAGUAGCACCAGACAAAUUGUCAAGGAAAUGAAAGACCACAUGUCCAGCCCAAUGGUAAUCACCUUGUCAGAUAAGAAAGGCCGACAGGCUCUGAUGGGGGAUCAGGGUCUUCGCAGCCCCAUCUGGCAGCCAGGCUCGGACAGAUACACACGGCUGGACCGGGAGCUCCAGACAGCCAACUCCCAGUUCAUAGAAGAACAGCAGUCACAGCAGCAGCUGAUUGCAGAGCAGCAGGACGACCAGUUGGAGUUGGUGUCGGGGACCAUCGGCGUUUUAAAGAACAUGUCUGAGCGGAUCGGUAUGGAGCUGGACGAACAGGCUGUGAUGCUGGAUGACUUCACCCACGAGAUAGACAACACCCAGUCCAGACUGGACAACGUGAUGAAGAAGCUGGCCAAGGUGUCCCACAUGACCAGUGACCGUCGUCAGUGGUGUGCUAUUGGGAUCCUGCUGGCCAUCCUUUUUGUGGUCAUCCUGCUCUUCUUCAUUCUCUGAUGGAUUAUCCUCAUCUUCCAUAUCCUGACCACCACUCUCUGUGGUUGGAGUCUACCCUGUCCUACCUAGCCCUGUAUCGACUUAACCCUGUCUCUACUGGACUCUGCUGAACUCUGCUGGACUCUAGUGGACCCUACUACACUCCUGAACUCGACUGAAUUCUACAGAACCCUGUGUCUACUGGAUCCUAGUGGAAUGUACUGGACUCUACAGGACCCCAGUAGACUGCCUGUCCCCCCCGAUCUGUUCUCCCAUCAACCAGACGUUUCCUGUUCCCUCUCGGUGGGGGAUGCUGUGAUCACAUGAUGGUAUUGGACUGACAAGUGAGAUGUGGGUCCUCAGGAUGUUGGUCCGAGGUGAACCAGGGUGUAAAUGUUUGUGGUGGGAUUUUAGAGGAUAUGAUAUGACUGUUUUACACUCACCUCAUGUCUUUCUUCUUAUGGCAAGAUUAUUCUAGUUGAGAAACACUACCAUCCUGUCAGCUUAGCUUCACUCCUUCCCUAGCAAGGACAACACAAGCGGGUAACUGUAAACACUACACAUUCUGUCUUUACUUUCUGAGUUUGGUGUCAUUUUGUUCCAUGUGUUUCUGAAUCCUUUGUCUUAGUAUUUGAAUGAAGUGAAGAGUGAUCUGGAGAACGGAGGAGCGUGUGCUGUAAACGGUUAAAAAUAUGCAGUCUGUCAGGGUUGAUUGGCGUGCAACUGAUUGAGGGAGACAUCUUAUCAACCUCACCCACACCCCUCUCCUCAUGCAACAGUAAUAACGGAAUUGCACCUUUAAGUUGCUGCUCUUUGGGUUGCUUUUGACAGGGUCAAGGCCUUUACACACCGGGGACGUGACAAAUAAAUGACACUAAAGUGCGACAUACUCACCUGUGAAUAUUUCACAUCAAUACUAUUCAUACCGGCGAUACAAACUCGCGAGACAGAUAACUAUGACACUGUUACCUUGCUACCAACUCUACUACAUCCAGAAGUAAACAGCAUAAGCUGCUCACUAACCACAUAGUUGGACGUUGUCCUUGAGUUCAUUGUCUUCAUAAUUUUGUGUCCAUUGUCACACAAUACAGGCUGA